AUGUUCCGCUUCACCCAUUCUUUCCUCACAGCCUCCAUCUCAAUUGCUUUCCCAACUAGAAUCAUACUAAAGCCUCCCUUCUUCAGCACCCUCGGCGCCCUCUCAAAGAGCCUCCCACCCCGUCCAAAACCCCCACCAGAUUCCGAGAUUGAAGAAUCAUACCUCAAAGGCAGCGGCCCCGGCGGCCAAAAGAUCAACAAAACGAAUUCCGCCGUCCAACUAAAGCACAUCCCCACUGGCAUCGUCGUCAAAUCCCAGGCCACUCGAUCCCGUAGCCAAAACCGCAAGCUGGCUCGGGAAAUACUAGCGCAGCGGGUUGACGAAUUCAUCAAUGGCGACCAGAGCCGCUCAGCGGUGGUCGGGGCGAUAAAGAAGAAGAAGGCAGACAGCGCAUCCAAAAAGAGUCGACGAAAGUACAGGCUGUUAGAAGAGGAAAAGGCUGGUGCCGAAGCUGCCGCCGACAUUGAAAAUAGCCCGAUAGAGAUUCCCGAGCCGAGUAGCGACACAAGACAAGACACAAGCAGCCAUACCAGCAACCCGACUGCCGGUAGCAGUACCCAAUCUGGGCACGAGCCUCAGCGCGGAAGCGUAUAG